GGGAUCGGGGUUCUUGUAGGAAAAAUGGCUGCGCCCUUUCGAAACAAAUUCCAUCCUCAAGAACAUGAUCAAAAUGCUACUUUCAGAGCCAGAUAUCAUGUUUCAACUCAUCGAAAUCAACUUCCAGGUGGCGAGUUUAACAGCUGUUUUAGACCAAGGUUUCAAGAUCAAUUCGAGAGACCGAGAAAUAGGUUUGAAAGUCCUCGGUGGCAGGGAAACAACAUAGUACCUAAUAGUUUUCAACAUCCACCGCCAAAUAUAAGACAGAGGUUUAUUCAAACAACUCCAUCUACCAGCAAUUCAUAUGGAGCGGAACAGCCUGGAUUUGCACAGGGCACUGGUAAUCUAGAAAACUCUCCACGUUUACCAGGCAUGGGUAAUGUUGCGAUAAAUCAGUACGGCACGGGGAAUAACGGUAAUAAUGCAGGAUUUCAGAACUUUGGUCCCCACAAUAGUGAAAUUCCAAACUUCCACAACCCAGCAAUACAAUCAUCACAGCCGAUUCCAACCCUGUCACAUACUCUUCCACCCCCCAAUUCCAUGCAGUUUUCAGCACCUCCCCCACUUGCUGUUCCACCAAUGCCACCUCGCCAAUGUGCUGCUCAUGCUCCAUCAAUGCCACCUCCCCAAUGUGCUGUUCCAUCAAUGCCACCUCCCCCACGUGCUGCUCCACCACCUCCCACCUUUACACCAGAUACCGGACCAAACUUCAUACCAAAGAAAACAGUUGAUGAUGCCACUGCAGCUAAACAGUGUUUGGAUGCCUGGCUCAGAAGGAGACAGAAAGGAAAAAGAGAACAAGAUAUAGCAGAUCAACAUGUGGAGAAUGUAUCGAUUCACUCUACCCAGUCCAAGAUGAGAACAAUGAUGUUGCUGAUGGCACAGUUACAGCAAGAGACCAACGGAUUGUCCGACCUGGAAACUUCAGCCCCCGAUGAAGUGUGGAACAAUCAGAAACAGAAAGUUGUGUCCCUUAAGGCAGAGCUUGAAAAAUUACAACAAGAGCUGAGUGAUAAGCAGACUGUGGAUAAGGUGAAUCAUAAAGUACUGAAGCAGAGGAAGAAAAGGGAGAGGUUGAAAAGGAGAAGAAAAGAAUUGUAUGAAGAAAAACAAGCAACUGAAGAACAUAGAAAUAAGAUGCAUGCUGAAAUUGAUGCUUGGCAGGAGAAAUUAAGAAUGAAGGAACGCGAAGCUAAAGAGGCCAAAGAACUUAAGAAAUCAGCAGAUACCAUAUUGAAUGAAGUCAGGAAAAAAAUUAAUGAUGCGACAAAGACCAUGGACUUGCUAAAGGGAAUUCAAAAACUUCGAAAGCUUCGGAGUGACAGAUUAAAACAACAAGGUGUUUAUACAAACCCAGUCAGUGAUGAAAAGUUUAAAGAGGUUAUGGAUGAACAGUUUGAUACCAUUAAAAAGCAAAAAGAAAUUUACUUAGCAGAAGAAAAAGCCUUGCAGGUCAUGCUAGAAACGGAACACGAAGUCAAUAAGGAGAAGGAGAGAGAAGAACAAGAGAAAGCGAAUCGACUCCUGGAAGAACGCAAAAACAAGAAAAUACAGGAAAUCAUGUUUGGAAAACCUGAGAAUUUCUCGGAAGGAGAUCCCAUGUUAUCAUUUUACCAGUAUUAUGAUCAAGCCAAUUACAGUUACGAGUCUUUUAUACAAAUCAGACAGGAAUGGGAUAGAUUUGCUGUGCCAGAAAAUACGCCAGGAGGGAGCCGGAUCCCUAGCCAUUUUGUGACCCCAGAGGAACCUUCAUCAGAAAAAUGGUCUCAUGUUUUAAAGGAUACAUAAUACCCAUGAAAUUAGUUGAUUUACUGUCCAAUAAAUGUGGACGUAAACUUCAGAUUUAUGAGUUAAAAAAUUCUUCUGUA